AUGAGCGCACCGGCUACAGUUGCCCGGCGGGCAGCCACGAGGAACCCCUUGGUGGGAAAUGCCCGAGCCCUGUCACGCGGCCUCACGCCUGCCAUGAUCGCCAGACAUGUUGGCCGACAUUCACAGGUUUCGGCUUUGGCGCUCCUUAUCCCUAUGCGACAUGCCAGCACCGAACAUCACCGACCAGAGUCACAACAUACUGGGCCGCCACCGGGGUUCAACGUCGAACAGGCUAAGAAACCGUUGCCGAAAGAAACCUCGACUGCCGGAGCAAAAGAUGCCAGCGCCGCCAACGGCUCUACCGCUGCCGCCGAUCAACCCGACACAACCCCAGCCGAAGCUGCCAUCACUGAUCUAGCCGCAAAGAAGGAUGGUUUAGCACAGGAAAAGGAGGUUACAAAGGCAGAGAAGGAAGCCAAGAAACUUACACUAUGGCAAAAAGUCAAAAAGGAAGCUCAACAUUAUUGGGACGGAAGCAAACUGCUCGCAACAGAAGUCAAAAUCAGUUGGAGACUGGCGCUCAAGAUGGCUGCUGGGUACGACCUGACUCGAAGAGAAAACAAGCAACUGAGACGAACAGUGCAAGAUUUGGGCCGUCUUGUCCCAUUCUCUGUCUUCAUCAUUGUUCCUCUUGGUGAAGCUCUCCUGCCCUUGGCACUUAAACUGUUCCCCAACAUGCUGCCUAGCACUUUUGAGGGUCAGAAGUCCAAGGAAGCCAAGGCCACCGUCCUGCGAUCUACUCGAAAGGAAGUGAGCAGCUUCCUGCGGCAGACCCUCAAAGAGACUGGUCUUCCUCUCAGUCAAGCAACAGCCCAAAAGGAGGAAUUUGCCAACUUCUUCCGCAAGGUGCGCUCCACUGGAGAAGCUCCCACCCACCAGGAUGUCAUCAAGGUCUGCAAGGUCUUCCGCGAUGACAUGACCCUUGACAAUCUUUCUCGCCCUCAGUUGGUUUCCAUGUGCCGAUAUAUGAACCUCAACACCUUUGGUACCGACAUGAUGCUCCGAUACCAGAUCCGCCACCGUAUGAGGCAAAUCAAGCGAGACGACAAGGCCAUCAGCUUUGAGGGUGUUGACAGUCUUACCGUCUUGGAACUGCAGAUGGCUUGUGCUGCUCGUGGUAUCAGGACGCACAGUGUGUCUCCCGCGCGUAUGCGAACUGACUUGCAGUCCUGGUUGGACCUCCGUCUCAAGGAGGGCGUUCCAUCGACGCUGCUUGUUCUCAGCAACGCUUACAUGUAUGGCCAGGGAUCUGGCGAGGGGUCAAGCCAGGUUGACGCCCUCAUCGGUGUUCUCUCCUCUAUUCCUGAGGAACUGUUCCACGAGAUCGAGCUCGAGGUUCACAAUGCUGAGGGCGCUGCCACAAACAAACAGCGUCUUGAGGUUCUGAAGGAGCAGCAAGAGCUUAUUGAAGAGGAGAAUGAGCAAAACGAAGAGAGCCAGAGCACCGGCAUGGCUACCCCUCGUGACGUCGAAGACAUUGACGAAAAGGAGGAGAGAAUCAUGCACGCUGAAGCUGAAGGCGUUGAGAAGAACCUGGCUAGCGAAAUGGUUGAAGCGGAGCGCGAACAGGCUCAGGCCACUGACCAACAGGUCAAGGCCAAGUCUAGCACGGAGAGCAAAUAA